UAAUUUUGUCAUCAUAAUAUUACUCUGCGCGUCUCCCAUAAUUUAUAACCAAGCGUUUAAACUAAAUUAUACAUUUUGGUUUUUUUUUUUUUCAAAAAUUAAUAGCCGUAAACUUAGGAAGGCUUUGGAAAGUGAAGUGUGAGUGAUUAGUGAGAGUAGGAAGUUUUGGCAUUGUGGAUAGGAAAAGAAAUUGAAAUCGCGGCUGUGAUUCCUUUCCAUGAUACUCGCUCACUCCCUCCUUCUCUCCAACACACCUCCGCCCUCCCGCGCUACCGACCGACUCCAAUUAGCCGACUCGCUCCAAUCGGAGACCCUCAAGAUUCUCGAAUGGCCGUCCCUCUGCAACCAGCUCUCCGCCUUCACCUCCACCUCCAUGGGUCUCUCAGCCGCCCAAUCUGCAAGGAUUCCUCUUGGCCGGACCCCAACCGAGACCCGCCGUCUCCUCGACCAGACCUCCGCCGCACUUGCAAUGCCCCGACCCUUGGAUUUCUCCGGAAUCGAAGACGUUUCUCGGAUUGUUGAUGCGGCCGUCGCUGGUAGAAUUCUCAUGAUAGGGGAGCUUUGUUCCGUACGUAGGACGCUGAGGUCGGCUAGGUCAUUGAUCCAACAGUUGGAGGAGAUUGCUUCUGGCAGUAGCUCGCACGAUAGGUCUGUGUGCUCCCCGCUACUUGAAAUUCUCCGUGAGUGUAAUUUUCUGGCCGAAUUGGAGCGGAGGAUAGAAUUUUGUGUGGAUUGUAAUUUUUCAGUAGUCCUCGACCAAGCUAGUGAAGAUCUGGAAAUGAUAAGGUCAGAAAGGAAGACAAACAUGGAAAAUCUAGAGGCAAUGCUGAAGAAAAUAUCUUCUCAAAUUUUUCAGGCGGGUGGAAUCGAUAGACCUCUGGUUACCAAACGUAGAUCACGGAUGUGCGUUGCUAUCAGAACUACACAUAGAUCUCUACUUCGUGAUGGCGUAGUUUUAGACUCUAGCAGCUCUGGAGCGACUUACUUCGUGGAACCGAGGGAGGCAGUAGAGUUGAAUAAUCUGGAAGUGAGUCUAUCAAAUUCAGAACAAAUGGAGGAGCAAGCCAUUUUAAGUUACCUUAGUUCUGAAAUUUCAGAAUCCAGUGGAAAGAUAAGAUAUUUGUUAGAUAGAGUGUUGGAAGUAGAUCUUGCUUUUGCAAGAGCUGCUCAUGCUCAGUGGAUGAAUGGGGUCUGUCCAAAUUUUAGUGCUGUAGGUUGUGAGAAUUCUGAGCAUAACUCAUUAUCAGUAGAUGUAAGCAGCAUUCGUCAUCCUUUGCUUCUUGAGUCUACGUUGAGAAAUAUUUCAACUCUUUCAACAUCUAGUAGUUCCUCUUCUUCUAAUCAGGAAACCGGCAUAAGAAAAUCUGACAUGCUGCCUGGUGAUCUUGAUUUUCCUGUGCCUGUUGACUUUAAAAUUGGAAGUGGAGCAAGGGUGGUUGUUAUCUCAGGACCUAAUACCGGAGGUAAAACUGCUUCCAUGAAAACUCUAGGAUUGGCAUCUAUAAUGUUAAAAGCUGGAAUGUACCUCCCUGCACAAAAUCAUCCACACCUGCCGUGGUUUGAUCUUGUUCUUGCAGAUAUUGGUGAUCGUCAGUCUCUAGAGCAAAGUCUUUCAACCUUUAGCGGACACAUCUCACGAAUUUGUAAUAUCCUGAAAGUGGCCACUGAAAGAUCUCUUGUCCUUCUUGAUGAACUUGGAAGUGGAACUGAUCCAUCAGAAGGUGUGGCUCUAUCAGCCAGCAUAUUACACUAUCUCAAGGAAAGAGUAAACUUGGCUGUUGUGACAACCCAUUAUGCAGAUUUAACUCGGUUAAAAGAGAAGGAUGCAAGGUUUGAGAAUGCAGCUAUGGAGUUCUCCCUGGAGAGUCUACAGCCUACUUAUAGGAUUAUUUGGGGAAGCAUGGGUGAGUCAAAUGCAUUAAGUAUUGCAAAAACAAUAGGCUUUGAUGGAAGAAUAAUUGAGCGGGCACAAUCUUGGGUAAUGAAGCUAACACCAGAGAAGAUGCAGAAGCUUAAUACGUUGUUGUAUCAGUCUCUAGUUGAAGAGAGAAAUAAAUUAGAAAUCCAGGCAAAAAAAGCUGCCUCUCUUCAUUCAGAUGUAUUGAGAAUUUAUCAUGAGAUUCGUGAUGAGGCAGUUGAUCUUGAUGUGCGUGAAGCAGCUCUUAAGGCAAAUGAGACCAAGCAGAUACUACAGCAAUUGAAGGUUGUGAAGGCUGAGAUUGAUACUGUAGUGCAAGAGUUUGGGAAGCAACUGAAAAAUACAGAGCCAAAGGACUUCAAUGUUCUUUUGAAGAAAUCAGAAUCUACCAUUGCAUCCAUUGUUGAAGCUCAUCAGCCUUCUGCUAAUGAAUCUGUAGAUAGAAAUGCUAAUAGUUUCUAUGCACCACAGAUUGGAGAGCAAAUCCUUAUAAAGGACUUAGGGAAUAAGCUGGCUACUGUAGUUGAAGCACCAAGUGAUGAUGACACGGUCCUUGUCCAAUAUGGAAAAAUCAGAGUCCGUGUAAACCUAAGCAGUAUAAAUGCUGUUGCAGCUAAUGGUGCAAUGACGUCAGCCCCACAACCAAGGAGAAAGGGUCGGCAGACGAAGAGACUCGAGAAUCUGAAAAAUCUUUCAGAAACCAUGAAAGAUGAGAAGGCUUCAUAUAGUCCUGUAGUGCAGACAUCGAAGAACACCGUGGACCUGCGGGGAAUGAGAGUCGAGGAAGCAACUUACAAUGUUGAGAUGGCCAUUAAUACCAGAGGGCCUAAAUCAGUUCUCUUCAUCAUACACGGAAUGGGCACUGGGGUUUUGAAGGAGCGUGUUUAUGAAUUACUAAAGAAACAUCCUCGUAUAGCAAAAUUUGAACAGGAGAGCCCUAUGAAUUAUGGCUGUACUGUAGCCUACAUUAAGUGAAAGUGCUACAAUCUAGCCACAAAGGAAAGCGUCAACUUUCUUUGAAUUUCGACCACAACAUGUAUGUGUGUAUAAAUACUACUCUUAAAUAUAGUACAUACUACAUAGUAAUAUGUUGGAAGCUAUUUCCUCC